AAACCCACAAGUACAUACACUACACCACAGAAUCAAACAAAACAAAACCCCUUCCCUUCCACAUACACUCUUCUCCAAUCUCACCCCAAAAAAACUUGCAACAAACCAAAAACCAUGCUUGAUGAAUCAGUCUCAUCCACCCCAACAUUCUUGGGCAGCCUGUACAGCUGGUUCACCCCCACUGUCUUCUUCCUCCUCCUCCAACUAGUCAUUGGCACCAUUUUCAUCAUCUCAAACCUUGCCAACACCCACAAACACCAACAACAAGAACCACAACAAGCACAUGACUUUCCACACCACCAUCUUCCCAGAUCCCCUUCCAUGCUCCAAAGACUCAAAUCCAUCAACUUUUACCCUUCUUCCCCUUUCAGAUCCCAAGACCUUCAAAACCCUCAUUUUCACAACGCUCAUGAAAAUGAACAACCUCAACUUGCUAGAUCUCCCUCCGUUCUCCAGAGACUCAAAUCCAUCAACCUCUACAGUUACUUCCCUACCGAACCCUUCACUUCCAAACUCACACCCGACCAGCACGUGCCGGAGAAACCGUACGUGCGAGAACAAAACCAACCGCAACAAGUGGUGGAAACGGACGAGGAAAAAGAAGAGGGUUAUGAUGACUAUGUUGUCGAAGAUGACAACAACAUCAUUAUGAGCACGCACAAUUACAAUUAUAACCUCGGAGUCUCCGAAGAGGGUGGUGCUGGUUCUUCCUCGCUGGACGAGAUUUACUGCAAGCUGCAGCAGCAGGGGCAAGAGGGUCAUUUCGAGCGGACGCACUCCGACACGAAGCCGGCGUCCGGGGAGGUUCCGGUGAAGCUUCCGAGGAAGAUGAAGAAGUCGGCGAGCAGCAAGUCGGCGUUCUCGCACUUCAAGGAGGACGACAUCGUGGAGACUCGCCGGCCGGCCACCGUGAGGGAGGCCAAGGUAACCGGCGGCGCCGCCGAGGACGACGCCGAGGUGGACGCCAAGGCCGACGACUUCAUCAACAAGUUCAAGCAACAGCUGAAGCUCCAGAGGCUGGAUUCCAUCAUCAGGUACAAGGAAAUGAUUGGCAGAGGGUCUGCUAAGUAAGUACUAGUUAUUAACAAUUAUUAUUAUUAUCAUAAUACUAUUUUUGUUUUACUAUGUUAUUGAUAACAAUUAUCUACUAGUUUUAUGGAUGAGUAAUCUAAUUUUCAUUGGAUAACUUAAUUGGUCACGUCUAGCAGGAUUAUCCGUUUAUUACAUUUUAGUGUAAUAUUUUAUUUUUUUGUUAGUUUUUAAUUAGGUUUUUUUGUUUCUUUUUUUGUAAAAUUAGUGAGCUUUUUUGGGGGGUUGGUUAUGUGAAGUAGGGUGCUGAGUGUGGCUUGUUCAUUUUCAGCCACUACUUGUGGGAUGUUGGGAAUUAGUUGUAAGUUGUUGCUUUAUGUUGAUGACUCCUUAGUCCUUAUUGUUUCUAUUUCUAUAUAACAUAAUAUAUUCUUGCUCCA